GGCCAUAGGCUCGGGCUGUGAUCUCCUCGCGGCUGCCGACUGCAACAACGCUGCCCUCUUGCUGGGCCCAGUGGGUAUAAGUACGGUACCCGGAGGCGAACAGCUCAAAGACGUUCGAGUCCUUUCUUCCUCAGUGGCUACCUGAGUUACAGCUGAAAACGACAGACAACGUGCCUCGCGACGAGUGAGCCGGUGUCGAGAGCAAGCAUGCGGCCCAUGAUUGUACUAGCCUCCCUCAUAGGGAUGGCGCUAGCCGGCAGCUUGGGUGGAGGCGGCGGCGGCGGAUGGCAAGGCGGCGGCGGCGGCGGCGGAGGUUGGCAAGCCGGAGGUGGCGGCGGUGGCGGCUGGCAAGCUGGCGGAGGAGGAGGUGGCUGGCAAGCCGGCGGUGGUGGCGGCGGUGGUGGAGGCGAAAAGCACGUCUACAUCAUUCGCAAAGUGAGCGGUGGCGGAGGUGGAGGCGGCGGAGGCGGUGGCUGGCAACCUUCGGGAGGCGGCUGGAUGCUCGGCGGCAGCGGAGGAGGCGGCGGCUGGCAAUUGGGCGGUGGUGGAGGCGGCGGCGGCUGGCAAGCCGGUGGAGGAGGAGGUGGAGGAGGCUGGGAAGCGGGAGGAGGCGGCGGUGGCUGGCAAGCCGGUGGAGGCGGAGGAGGCUGGCAAGCUGGAGGCGGCGGCGGCGGAUGGCAAGCCGGUGGUGGCGGAGGAGGCUGGCAAGCCGGCGGCGGCGGCGGUGGAUGGCAAGCCGGUGGUGGUGGAGGCGGAGGCGGUGGUGGAAAGCACGUCUUCGUUGUGCGCACAACAAGCAAAUUCGGCGGCGGCGCUGGCGGAGGGCACGGUGGGGGUGGCGGAGGAUACGGCGGUGGAGGUUUCGGCGGUGGUGGACACCACGGUGGUGGUGGUGGUGGCGGCGGUGGCGGAAAGCAUGUCUUUCUCGUCAAGACCACCACAACAAGCGGCGGUGCCCCCGUGAUCAAAAGUCACAUUCGCAGUGGCACAACGCCGUAA